ACAUAAUACUUAUCAACAUUUUCAUGGAAACUUUAACCAAAAACAUCUCUCCACAGCUCACUGAUCUCUAUUUCCCAACUCCUGUCGCUCCAACCAAUCCCUCCUCCACCUCCUCCUCCUCCUCCUCCUCCUCCCCCUCCUCUAUGGAAGAAGAAUCUCCUCCCCCUCCUCCUCAUCUUCCUCUGCCACCCAAAACCUACAAAUUAACGGCGUCCACCGUCUCCUACACCAAACCAACCACCAUCACCAAAUUCUUCCCCUUCAAACAUUGCAGCAUUUCUUCCACAUCUCCAACGUACAUCCUCCGUGACGUAUCUCUGACCGCCUACCCCUCCCAAAUGCUCGCCAUUGUUGGCCCCAGUGGAGCUGGAAAAUCCACGCUUCUCGACAUUCUAGCCUCCCGAACUGCCCCCACAAGCGGUACUCUCUUACUUAAUUCCACCGCUAUCAACCCUUCUUCAUUCCGAAAGCUCUCUGCUUACGUCCCUCAACAUGAUGCUUGCUUGCCUUUGCUCACCGUUUCCGAAACCUUUGCUUUCACCGCUCGCCUUCUCUUUCCCAAGAGGUCACAUAUCAGCGGAAUUGUUACAUCUCUCAUGACGCAGCUCAGGCUGACGCACCUGGCUAACACCAUGUUAGCAUACGGUCUCUCUGGGGGCGAACGCCGCCGUGUCUCCAUAGGUCUGAGUCUCCUCCACGAUCCAGCCAUCUUACUUCUUGACGAACCUACUUCUGGUCUCGACAGCACUUCAGCUUAUAAAGUAAUUAGCAUCGUCAAGUCCAUAGCCACUUCCCGUUGCCGGACUGUGAUUUUAUCCAUACACCAACCCAGCUUCAAGAUCCUUUCUACCAUUGACAGAAUCCUCUUGCUGUCAAAAGGAGCUGUUCUUCACCAUGGCUCCCUUUCUUCAUUCGAAACCUUCCUACAGUCCAAAGGCUUCACAGUUCCUCCACAGCUCAACGCCCUUGAGUACGCCAUGGAAAUACUAAACCAGCUUCAUGAAAGUAAAUCCAUUACACCGGUGCCGACUCUUCCUCCGGCCACCGAAGAUUCCAUAACAGCUCCCGAUCAUGUAAAAGUUGAUAAGGAAGCAAAGGAAAUCAGAUACCGAAGCUCCAGACUCUGCGAAAUCUGCUCUCUAUAUAAUAGGUUAUGGAAAAUUAUUUACAGAACAAAACAACUUCUUUUGACGAAUGCAUUAGAAGCUCUCAUUGUGGGUCUUGUCCUCGGAACAAUCUACAUCAACAUCGGAUACGGAAAGGAAGGUAUAGAGAAGAGGUUAGGUUUCUUUGCCUUCACUCUCACCUUCCUCCUCUCUUCCACCACCGAAACCCUUCCAAUCUUCCUCAACGAACGACCCAUUCUUCUCAGAGAAACUUCCAGUGGAGUCUAUAGACUCUCGUCAUAUCUUAUAGCAAACACACUGGUGUUCUUACCCUACUUGCUGGCCAUUGCAAUCAUAUACUCAGUUUCAGUCUACUUCUUAGUGGGCCUUUGCGCUACAUGGGAUGCUUUUGCUUACUUUGUUCUCGCCAUAUGGGUAAUAGUACUAAUGGCGAAUUCAUUUGUACUCUUCUUAAGCUCCCUAGCACCAAAUUACAUUGCUGGGACGUCGUUGGUGACCAUACUUCUUGGUGCUUUCUUCCUUUUUUCUGGAUAUUUCAUCUCGAAGGAUAGUUUGCCCAAGUACUGGCUCUUCAUGCACUUCUUCUCCAUGUACAAGUAUGCCCUAGAUGCCCUCCUCAUCAACGAGUAUUCCUGCCUCAAAUCGCGGUGUCUUUUAUGGUAUGAAGAGACAAAGACGUGCAUGUUUACGGGAGAUGAUGUAUUGCAAAAGAGGGGGCUCCAUGAAGUGCAGAAAUGGACCAACAUCUAUAUCUUGGUUGGGUUCUUCGUGUUUUAUCGUGUUCUUUGUCUGCUGGUUUUGAUCAGAAGGAUUUCAAUAUCGAAGAAUUGAAGUUUCAAAACUUCACUUUGGAUAAUUUGCAUAUUUAGUUUCAUAAUAAUGCAUUUUUUUCAAUAGAAAGAAAGUUUAAGGAUUCGGACAAAAAAAAAAGACUAAGGAUUGAAUCUGAACUGAGUCACCUGCAAGGUGACCAGCAGACUCUCUUCGUGGGUUUAAUAAUUAGAAUAAAGCAGGUUUGAUUUAUGAUGUUACAUACAUUUUUCAAUGUGGGUUUUAUUUUUGGUAAUUCAUGAAUUAAUCCUUCAGUUUUUUUUUUUCUUUUUUCUUUUUUUACAGUUAUUGAUCCCUUUGUGUUUCGGGUGUAAGUAAAAUGCUUCUGUUACU